UCUUCGUUUAUCUAAAGGAUAAGAUAAAUAAUGCGAGGAGAUUCUAUCGGAGUGAAACGUCAUAAGUUUUUCACAACCAUUCUCAGUGAUAAUUAGAUUCUUCCUCUGUUUCAUUCGGAGAAACGCCUACAAUAAAAAUAGACUCUACUGGCCGAAUUAAAAGAGAAUUCUGUAGCUGUAUUCGUAAACAAUUCUGAAAAUGGCUGGAUCAAAAGAAGAGACGUGCAAGGAUGGUGAUGAAGCAAAAUAUCCCAUAAUAAAUAUUCGGGGAUUGAAUUUUCCGGCGUUCUUUCUAGUGCCCGAGGUUGUGGAGGCAGUGAUGGAUUAUAAGCCCACUGAGGAUGAUAUAUUUAUUGUGACUUAUCCAAAAUGUGGAACAACAUGGACUCAGUACCUAGUUUGGGAAAUUAUGCAUAAAGGAGCUUACCCUCCUAGUCCAAACCAAAUCAUGUUUCAGCAUAUUCCUUUUCUCGAGUUUACAGGCAUUGAUGCUAUUAAAAAGUUACCGAAGCCAAGGGUAAUGAAAACCCAUUUAACAUUUCAUCUGCAACCUUACAGUCCAUCAGCGAAGUAUAUUUACAUUGUCAGGAAUCCUUGGGAUUGCUGUGUGUCCUAUUACCAUCACCACCAAAUGGAACCUGGUAUGCCACAAUUGGAAUUUGAUCAAUAUUUCAAACUUUUUUUGAAAGGUGAAGUAGGAUGGGGUGACUUUUUCGAUCAUGUGCUCUCCUGGUAUCAGCACAGGAAUGACCCAAAUGUUUUGUUUUUAACCUAUGAAGGCAUGAAAAAAAAUACUAAACAAGUCAUCCAAGAAAUAGCCAAAUUCUUAGGAGAAUCUUAUUAUCAGGAUGUUCAAAACGAAGAAAUAAUGGAGAACUGCAUUAAACAUUCGAAUUUCAAGUUUUUGAAGUCACUGGGUAUGUUUUUUCCUACUAAUAUAACUGUUCAAGGUGUCGAAGCAGUGGAGUCUAUUAAACAAAUAGGAGAAGUCGACAGAAGUACAGCCGAUGAAAAUUAUAAAGAAGUUGGAUUUUUCAGAAAAGGAGAAGUAGGAGACUGGAAAAACCAUUUUUCGCAGGAUCAAAUUAAAAUAUUCAAUGCUCAUUUAAUUAAUAAACUUAAAGGUACUGGAAUGGAAAAUUUUUGGGAUCCUGUUGAAGAAGAAACCUCUCUGUAAUUUGAGAUCUUCAUUCUAAUUAAGACAGUUUUUUAUCAACAUGGAAAUUAAUUAAAAUUAUUUUUUAAAUGAUGCAAUCCUAGGUAAACUGCAUCUAAAUUAUUUCCAUGUUUAUAAAAUGAAAUGCAUGAUAUGAAAUAUAUGUUUAUAAUAGAUGGAUUGUAGAAGAAGAUUUUGAAUUUUACUUAAUUAUUAUAGAAUAUUUUACAUAAAUGCUCAGCUGAAUAAAUAUUAUACAAUAAUGUGGGUGUUCGUGAAAUUACUUUCCUCAACAAAAUUUUUAAAAAAGAUGGUCUAUUGAAAAAAAAAAAAAAAUCACUGAAACAUAUGCACAAUACAUGUACUCAAAAGCAAAAGUAAUACCACAAUUAGUUUCCAGUGUUUAUCUCACUCCCUUUACUUUUCAACAUCGACAAUUAUAGUCACAAAAUUGAAAUCUAUAUAUAAAGUGUCGAAUCCUUAUUUUAAUUAAAUCACUUAUCGGCGCUUCCUAGUAGCAAGGUCAAGAAUUAGCCUACCAGUCUCAAGAUAUGCGUUACGAGAAAAAAAAAUGAUUUCCAAUCUGUAAAAUAACACUGAUUUAGUACGAACAAUUUAAUAGACACCUGAUAUAAAUAAAUACAAAAAAUUGAGGUCCUUUGUCCUUUGUUAUUCGCGAUUUCCAACAUUAUUGCAUCACAAAAGUGUUGGAAAUGAAAAACUUCUUAUAACUAGGCUCAUGAACCACUGGUUCAUGAGCCUAGUCACUGGUUCACCUUCAGUAUAUCUUUCAUUAUCUACAACACACGCCUGGCCCAAAUUAAAUCUUAUCAACACAUUUUGCUACAAGUUAUCUGAAAAUUGAUUCAAACGUCAGUUAGACAACAUGGAAGGCUUACAGUGUUUUCGAAGAAUAUAAUACUGCUGCUGUUUGAAAUGUGUCGCAGGGAGAAGUUCAGUGGAACAAGAUCUAGUGAGUGGGUAAGACCCUCUAUUGUGCCAUAGCGGAUGAUGUAAUAAUAUGUAUGCCGAUGCCGCAGUAGCUACAGUAGAAAAAAAAAUAUCCUCAUCACAUUUCCUUUGUGGUGCACUUACCAAAAGUAAAUGAUAGAUGUUCUGACAAGUCCAGUGAGUUAACAGUGUCAGAAAUGUGAAAAAUAAAUAUAUAAACUUUGUAUGCAUUCCUUUCCUUACAUUCAUGUGCAAAAAAAAACUUUUCAUGCUGUAUUGAUGUGUUCUGAAACUUUUUAAUUGACUAUUUUCCCAUAUCUCAAAGAGUAUUUGAGAUUGGUGCAUCACUAGUGACGCUGUUGAAAGAGGUCUUCUCUAUUAGCAUGUGAGAUCCAGUGAAUUAUUAUUUAAUUCUGCUUCUAUACCACUUUUAUAGCAUCUUUCAAAUGUUAAGGUGGCGAGAAACGGCCU